UAGAGAUACAGGGACAUACUGCAGCACCUUGUAACGUGUAGUGCGCAGGCGCUCACAGGACGUUUCCUAAGGAGCAUUUCUUGCGCUUCACCUGGCUUGUGGUAACAUCGCCAACCGUGGUGAAACGGUGUAUAGGGGUAAAGGAAGUCAGCGAUUAGAAGGCGUACUCCCCCGUAUGCCCUCCAGGUUAGCAGGGUCACAGGAAACAUGCCACUCCACCCGGAAGCAGUAACAGAUCGGGACAUGAUGGCGCCUGGCAGUGUGGAGAAGAGCUCGGGUGGUCGGGAUUUUUUUCGUGGGGCGUAUCGCUUUAUUACUGACAGGAAUGACUUCAGCCGGAAUCUUCUGGUGAACCUCGGGCUGUUCGUUGCCGGUGUAUGGGCUGCCAGGAACAUGUUUGACAUUGACUUAAUGGCGCCGCAACCGGGCAUGUGAGGGCGGUGCGGAAUUCGGAGUGUCUGAUGGAAUCUUUUUCACAUCUGCAUGGAGAUCGGUGUGACUGCACUUCCUUCUACCAGUGCUGAGGCCUACAGUGUGCAAAGCGACGUCCAGAGUGGGUCAACCACGUGCUGCCAGAGGGUCACUGGAGACUUAUAAAGGGAAUCUCUGUGAGUUGAAUAAAAAUCCACAGAGCAA